UUCUCUCUUUCACUCUCAUUUCUCUCCUUAGAGAGAGAGAAGACGAAGAAGAAACGCGCACAAUCAAACCGCGUUUUGGUAAAGUAAAGUUAGCCCUUCUUCUUCAUUCCCCAUACCCAACCCAUCAAAUUUAAUUCCCAUUUCAAUCCAUUCCUCCAAAAAUGGCAUCUCAGGUUCUUCAUUCCCCCCUCCGAUUACCCUUUUUCGCCUUCUCUCUUCUCCUUCUCCUUCUCCUCCCUUUCUCCUCCGCCAUUCGUACUUUCCGUUACCCACCUGCCGGAUUCGCUGAUUUCUCCCGUUUCUCCGAGGCCCCCGAGUACAGGAACGGCGCCGAUUGCCCUUCUUCUUCCUCCGCCGCUGACACGGCCUCUUCCUGUGACCCAUCUUUAGUCCACAUCGUAAUGACCUUGGAUUCUGAGUACGUUCGAGGUUCCGUUGCUGCCAUUCACUCUGUUCUCAAACACGCCUCCUGCCCAGAAAACGUCUUCUUCCAUUUUAUUGCCGCUGAGUUCGACCAAGCUACUCCACGAGAACUCACUAAACUCGUCCGAUCCACUUUCCCUUCUCUUAAUUUUAAGGUUUAUAUCUUUAGAGAAGACACUGUAAUCAAUUUGAUUUCCUCUUCCAUUCGUUUAGCUUUAGAGAAUCCUUUGAACUACGCUAGAAAUUACUUGGGUGACAUUCUUGAUUCGUGCGUUGACCGUGUCAUUUACCUUGACUCCGACGUGGUGGUCGUCGACGACAUUCACAAGCUCUGGAACAUCAAACUCACUGAUUCUCGGGUCAUCGGAGCACCCGAGUAUUGCCAUGCCAAUUUCACCAACUACUUCACCGAGAAAUUCUGGUCCGACCCGGUUCUUUCCCGGGUCUUCUCUUCCAGAAAACCCUGUUACUUCAACACCGGAGUUAUGGUCAUGGAUUUAUCCAGAUGGAGACUAGGGAACUACAAGAAGAAGAUAGAAAGCUGGAUGGAAUUACAAAAACGCACACGGAUUUACGAUCUGGGUUCCCUCCCACCGUUCCUCCUUGUCUUUGCCGGAAAUGUGGAGCCAAUCGACCACCGGUGGAACCAGCACGGACUCGGCGGUGACAAUGUGAAAGAUAGCUGUAGAACACUGCAUCCGGGUCCAGUAAGUUUACUCCAUUGGAGUGGAAAGGGGAAGCCAUGGGUAAGAUUGGAUGAUAACAAACCUUGCCUUCUUGAUCAUCUAUGGAAGCCGUAUGAUCUUUACAGAGCAACAGAUUCGACGUCGCCGGCACCGUCUUCGUAUUCAUCAACAUUGAUUAGUUAUUUAAGUUAUUAGAUAAUGGAGAUUGAUUCUUUGGUACAGAGUCACCGAUUCUUUGAUUGAUUAGCGGUGUGUACAGAACAGAUUUGGAAGAGGGGUUGAUGGAUGGAUCUUGUUAGAUCGAUCCUAAUUAAAUUAUUUUUAUACAAGAUGAUUGAAUUAAUUGAUGUAAUUGGAUAAUUGGGGGACAAAAUUGUGGCGUGUGUAUUUGUGGGGAUGGAUUCUUUUUGUAUGUAGCGGGAGAGAAUGGAAUUUGUUGACUAUUGAGAGAUUUUGAGUGUUAUGAAAUGUGAAAGGAAAUGAAUAACACAGGCUGGGAUGCCUUAUUAUUCCUCCCCUCCAA